AUGUCUGCGGCCUUGCCAAUCAUUGAUUUGCAGUCGUUUGGAAGGGUGGAAGACUUGGGGGCGGAGCUGAUGCGCGUCGGCAAGGAUCCAGGCUUCUUUUAUGUCGUUGGACACGGAUUGGGCGACCACGUCGCUGCGGGCGUGUUCGCCCUCGCCCAAGCCUUCUUCAACGCACCCCUGGAGGACAAGUUGGCAUUCGCAAAUGGGAGUGGCGAUCUGGGCUACACCGGCCUGAGAGAAGAAAGGUUGUCGGGAGCCGGGCCCGGAGACGUCAAAGAGUCAUUCUAUCUUUCAGACCCCGGAAGGACCGCGCAGUCUCUCCCAGUAGGUCUGGAAAGAGGCCGUGAGACGAUAGCGGCCUUCUUCUCUGGCUGUGACAGGUUAGCAAAGACGCUAUUGGAAGGACUCGCCGUUGGCCUGGGCAUGCCAAAAGACUUUUUGUCUACAGCCCACACAGGCGAGAGUUGCCGCAUGCGUCUCAUCAACUACCCUCCGGUAUCCCAGCUCGCUUCGCGCCACAGCCUGACCUCCGAAGAUACGGAAGACAUCCGCGCAGGCGCACACUCCGACUACGGCUCCCUAACGCUGCUUUUCCGCCAGCCAUCUGAUCAAGGUGGGCUGCAAGUCUUACGGGGUGGAGCAUGGGUCGAUGUAGCAUGCCUGCCGGAUGCCAUUGUCGUGAAUAUUGGGGAUGCCCUCGAGUUUUGGACCGCGGGGAGGUUGCGAUCUACGGUACAUCGGGUGGCAUUUCCUAGGACCGCAAAGGAGAACGUCGGGAGGUUGAGCAUACCUGUGUUCAUCCAGCCUGACCGUCAUGUCAUAUUGGCGCCGAUCAAGAGCACAGAUGAGUCACUGACGACAGGGGAAGAACUCGGCGCAGAGUUCAUGGAGGUUUUGCGCCGAAAGGGGUACGAGAACGCCAAGCCCGUCACGAGCUCAGAACACCUGAACAGAAGAAUACGAGCCACGUAUACCAAGUGUUCAUGA